AUGAUUGAUUUUGGAAUAUAUCGCAGGGGCAUGAAGUUGAUGCAACGCAUCAACGAAUCAAUGGCAACACAAUCCUUCGUUCUUACGUCAGUUUGGCAAGCCAUCAUAGCAACAUCGCUAGAAAUUCGAGUAUAUCUCCGUAAUAAGAAUGCUGGUAAAAUGGUGGAACAAUUAUUUCCAGGGACUUGUAACAGCGAACCUUCGACUUCGAUAGUGAGAAUGAAAAAUAUCACCGAAGAAAACAUUCUUUUUAUUUCUUUUCAAAUUUUUCAAGUGUGGUUUUGUUUUAACGCGAUCUACAAUCAAAAUACCAUUCAGAUCAUUACCAUUUCUGCAAUUAAUUUUUGUUGUGCCUGUUUAAGCAUUGUUCAACUUCUUGAAGUCAUAAAAUGGUACCGAGAUUUCGAACACGAGUGUCCCGAUGGAAUCGAUCAAAUGAAAUUGGAGCAAAAAUAUCCCACUAAUGACGUACCUUUAAUAAUAACAUUAAUGGUAUUUGCUACCAUCAUAUCUUUUCUAAGUUGGAACUUAUACCGUCAAUUUGGUUGGAAUAUUUACAAAAAAAUCGGCUGUGACAUCUCGAUGCAAGCCAUAUAUAGAACGUACUUAAUCUAUGUAAUGUUACUUAAACUUGGGUUGUUCUUCAUAUUGGGAUUAGCGAUAGAAUCAUGUUUAGUGUUCGGAAUUAAUUUGUCAAGCGAAGACAUAAAUCACAUUAGAUAUAUUCCAAAGAUAAUUUAUUUGUUUCAUUUAGUAGUAACUUGUUUGAUUAUUCUAAAUCAAAUAUUAGGAUAUCGUUCGGUUAGAAAAGAAAUAAAGUUGGGCAUGAUAUUAGUAGGUUCAUUCUGGGUUGUUAUUAUUUUGGAUUUUUGUAUACUCUUAUUUUAUUCAAUAGGAAAUGUUAAGGAUAGUUGGUACUUUUACAUUGUGUAUCUGUUCGUGGGAAUUGCUCUAAGUUUGCUAUCGUUAGUAUGGUCCGUACGUGUUAAAACUAAUUUUAAUAAGGGACUACAAGAUCAUAUUGAUCAAGAAAUUCGAAAACCGAAUUCUGGAAAUAAUCCUUUCCCUCAAGUCCCUCAAGAGGCAAUAAAAAAGCCCGAUAGAUGGUCAAUUGAUGAUUGA